AUGAAAUUAGUUAUUCUAGAUGAUUAUGAUGAGGUUUCGGAGUUUGCUGCAAAAUAUAUUGUAAAAAGAAUUAACUCUUUUAAUCCCUCUCCUGAUAAUUAUUUUGUUAUGGGACUACCAACAGGUGGAACACCAUUAGGAACAUACAAAAAACUAGUUCAAUAUUAUAAAGAAAAAAAAGUUUCAUUUAAAUAUGUAAAAACAUUUAAUAUGGAUGAGUAUGUUGGAAUUGAGAGGGACCAUCCACAAAGUUAUCACUCUUUUAUGUAUGAUAAUUUAUUUCGUCAUGUAGAUAUUAAUCCUCAAAAUGUACAUAUUUUAAAUGGAAAUGCUCCUGAUCUUAUACAUGAAUGUAAUGAAUUUGAAAAAAAAAUAACAGAAGCAGGUGGUAUUGAAUUAUUUAUUGGAGGGAUUGGUCCUGAUGGACAUGUUGCUUUUAAUGAACCUGGUAGUAGUUUAGCUUCAAAAACAAGAAUUAAAACACUUGCUCAGGAUACCAUUCAAGCUAAUGCCCGUUUCUUUGAUGGUGAUAUUAAAAAAGUUCCAACAAAAGCUUUAACAGUUGGAGUACAAACUAUAAUGAAUGCAAGGGAGGUUAUGAUAAUAAUAACUGGUCAGGCUAAGGCAUUUGCUUUACAUAAAGCUAUUGAAGAUGGUGUUUCACAUAUGUGGACUGUUUCAGCAUUUCAAUUACAUCCUAAUACUAUGUUUAUUUCUGAUGAAGAAGCUACAAUGGAAUUAAAAGUUAGAACAGUUAAAUAUUUUAAAGGCCUAAUGACAGAACAUUUAAAAUUAAUUGAAUAA